UGAACUGUUGGACCAAGAGGCAUGGGGUGCUGCUAUAGUUUGGAUCCACAAACAAACUACAGACAAACUGUCUGUUUCUAAUCACGAAAAACACCUACAAAGUAGCCUAAUCCAUUGACAUCGAUGGCGAAACCCCCACGGACCGAUUCCUAGCUGGACUACCAUAUUGCAACUGAUGGCUAACGAUCUGUCUGCUGAUGAUGAACCUCAUGACUUGUAACAUUAACCCAGUUUUCGAGAUGACAGUAAGGAGAAUAAUUUCUCUGGACUAAGUGAAGGUCUUCCAAUUGAAGAAGUGUGAAACAUGCCCUUGCCAUUUGGCUUAAAACUCAAAAGGACUCGAAGGUAUACUGUUUCAAGUAAGAGCUGUCUUGUCACUCGGAUUCAGCUGCUCAAUGGAGAGUUUGUUGAGUUUACACUUUCAGUGGAGAGCACCGGACAGGAAUGUUUGGAGGCAGUUGCUCAGAGACUUGAGUUAAGAGAGAUAACAUACUUCAGCCUGUGGUACUUCAACAAGCAGAACCAGCAAAGAUGGAUUGACUUGGAGAAGCCGCUGAAAAAGCAGCUGGACAAGUAUGGGCUGGAGCCCACCGUUUACUUUGGAGUCGUGUUUUACAUACCCAGUGUCACCCAGCUGCAACAGGAGAUCACAAGAUACCAGUAUUACCUACAGCUGAAGAAGGAUGUUCUGGAGGGCAGGAUCUCAUGCACCUUGGAACAAGCUAUUCGUUUAGCUAGCCUGGCAGUGCAAGCUGAUUUUGGAGACUUCAACCGAUAUGAUUCCCAGGAGUUCCUCCAGAAGUUUGCGCUGUUCCCCAUUGACUGGAUCCAGGAUGAGCGAGUGCUGGAAGAGGCCACUCAGAAAGUGGCUCUUCAUUAUCAGUCCUUCAGGGGUUUAUCAGCUCCAGAGGCAGAGAUGUUGUACAUGCAGGAGGUGGAGAAAAUGGAAGGCUAUGGCCAGGAAAGCUAUCAAGCCAAGGACAGUACAGGCACAGAUGUUUCCAUGGGAUCCUGCCUUGAUGGCAUCUUUGUCAAGCACAAAAAUGGCAGGCCGCUUCUUUUAUUCAGGUGGAAUGAAAUUAACAACAUGAGUCACAACAGGUCCUUCUUUGUCCUGGAGCUAGCCAACAGAGAGGAGAGUGUUCAGUUCCAGACCGAAGACAUGGAAACCUCCAAAUAUGUCUGCCGGAUGUGUCUGGCCAGACUGAAGUUUUAUAAGAUUAACAAGAGUAGCCUAGAGGAGUGUGACCCCCUGCCUUCUGAGGGCUCCCAGAAGUCCCUUCUCACUCUAUCCUUUCCUCGCUUUCCAAUGCUCUCUCGUCCCUCUCUGCCUUCUAAUAAGGGCCAAACCCAGCCUACAGUUGUGAACCCGGUCAGACGGAGAUCCUCUACCAGAAUUUCUCUGCCAAAGCCUCAGGCGUACAUGAUGCCCCCUCCACAGAUGCACUACAAUGGUCAUUUCACAGAGCCUUACACAUCAUCACAAGACAAUCUGUACAUGAACAGUCAGAACGGUUACUACUACCACUCCCAGACCAGUCUGGACUGCUCUCCUCUGGAAUACAGCAGCGGAGGGCGUUUACGUAAUGGCAGUGUGUACAGCGCCCACAGCACCAGCUCUCUAACCAACCCCCAGCACUACCAUCAGCCCUCACCCAUGUCCUCCAACCCCUCCAUCACAAGUGACAUCACCAGGCCAGACUACAUCCCCACGCAUCGCCACAGCGCUCUCAUCCCACCUUCAUACCGCGCCACUCCUGAUUAUGAGUCGGUGAUGCGUCAGAAGAACCGGGGAGCAGGAGGAGGGAUGGUUUUGUCCCAAGAGCACCGGCAGAGCCACUCCAUGAGGAACCUGAACAUUGGAAACUCAUACGCCUACAGCAGACCAGACCCGUUAGUUUACAGCCAACCAGAGAUCAGAGGGGAGCAUGGUGGAGCAGCACAACACCACCAUUACCCCUUCCAUCUGGGCUCCAGUUUCCACAGCCCCUCUCCAUACCCCUACCCCACAGAGAGGAGGCCCGUAGUGGGGGCGGUUAGCGUCCCGGAGCUCACUAAUGUCCAGUUACAACAGGCACAGGAAUAUCCAGCCCCGAACAUAAUGAGAACACACGUUUACCGACCACCUCCACCCUAUCCGUACGCCCACCCUCGGCCUGCCAACAGCACACCUGACCUGUCGCGCCACCUGUAUGUCAGCAGUAGCAACCCAGACCUGAUCAUCACGAGGCGCGUGCAUCACUCAGUCCAGACGUUCCAAGAGGACAGCCUGCCUGUUGCCCACUCUUUACAGGAAGUUUCAGAGCCUCUUUUUAGCGGACCCCCACAGAGACACCCAUACCACGCUCAGAAGCGUAACUCUAUCGAGAUCGCUGGACUAGCUCACAGCCUCGAGGGGAUGAGGGUCAAAGAGCGGACUGUGUCUUCUUCAGCAGCUGAAACAGCCACACCUCCUCCGGUCCCACGCGGCGGCCGCUCUCAGGGCUCCCAGCUCAACGUGUUUUUGGAACGUACAAAGACAGGGGACAGGGGUGACAUUAAGGAGGACGUGCAGUAUGGACAUAAAAAGUCCCUUUCAGAUGCCACAAUGCUGGUUCACAGCAGCGGUGAAGAAGAGGAGUUCGAGGAUGACAGUGGACGUCACACUCCGCUCUCUCAGGAUGCAGUAGCAGCGGCGGUUCCCGACCAGCUGUCACAGCAGCAUCACAGUUUGACAUCUCUGUCGUCCCUGACGACUCAGCAACAGACUCCCAUAGAGCCGCCCCCCGCAUAUCCCAUAGGCUCCUCUCUUGACCCCUCUAUAACCAGCUCCUUGGCUUACAAAGUUCACCCCCUCAUCCAGGAGGGCGAGCCUCUGUACCUGCUGUCGGAUUUACGACAGCCCAGGAUUAUGCCCUCGGUCUCCGAGGGAGACCUGAGUGGACAGGCCAAACAGAAGACCAAGAAAGACUUCAAGAAGAGGCCUGUGUCUGACGUGCCUCCUGGGAAGAAAACAGUCGAAGGUUUGCCUCCUCCGGGCAUGAAGAAAGGAGCUAGGUCAGAGGUGAAGAAGAUGGGCCCUCUGAAGCUGGCCCACCUUAAUGGCCUGUCAAUGUCCAGGCAGCCAAUGCAUGAAGAGACCAAGGAUGAGCCUGAACGAGCCUCUAAUGACGAGAGGUGUAAAGUGCUGGAGCAACAUAUGGAGAGGGGAGAGCUGCUGAAGGAGUAUGAGAGCAUCCCAAGGCGACGUCCAGCGGGGGAAUGCACCAUCGCCCAGCUGCCGGAGAGUGCAGACAAAAAUCGCUUCCAGGACGUCCUGCCUUAUGACGACACCCGAGUGGAGCUGGUUCCCACUAAAGAGAAUAACACAGGGUACAUCAAUGCAUCACAUAUUAAAAUAACAGUAGGUGGACAGGACUGGAGCUACAUCGCCACGCAAGGUCCCCUGUCGAACACGUGUCCAGACUUUUGGCAGAUGGUGUGGGAACAGGGUGUCUCCAUCAUCGCCAUGGUCACUGCCGAAGAGGAGAGCGGCCGGGAAAAGAGCUUCCGGUAUUGGCCCCGACUUGGCUCACGACACAACACAGUGACGUACGGUCGCUUCAAGAUCACCACGCGGUUCCGCACAGAGUCUGGCUGCUACGCCACCACAGGGCUGAGGAUCAAACACCUCCUGACAGGCCAAGAGAGGACUGUCUGGCACCUGCAGUACACAGACUGGCCUGACCACGGGUGUCCAGAGGACUUCAAAGGCUUCCUCACCUACCUGGAGGAGAUCCAGUCUGUGAGGAGACACACAAACAGCAUCAGUGACCCAAAGAACACCAACCUACCUGUACUCGUCCACUGCAGUGCUGGAGUGGGACGGACCGGUGUGGUCAUCUUGUCUGAAAUCAUGAUCGCCUGUCUGGAGCACAAUGAGGCGCUGGAUAUCCCAAAAUUCCUGUUUAAGCUGCGCGCUCAGAGAAUGAUGAUGGUUCAGACCUUGUCUCAGUACACAUUCAUCUACAAGGUCAUCAUCCAGUACCUCCGCAACUCCAGGCUCAUAUGAGCACCAGUGUCUGUUGGGCCCCAACAUACACUGUCAUAACGGAUGAUUGAAGUAUGACGUUUGCUCCGAGUUUAUGCCAAACUGCACUGUGAUGACACAGCUGUAUCAAUCUGUUCACUGUUGCUGUCAGAAUUUGGUGGACCCAGUUUGGUGAAGUAUUAAAUCAGGCAAGGCUGAAGGAAUGAUUGAAGAAGGAAGCGAUACCGCAUAAAGACUUAUGACCUGCCUCUAAACAGUAUUAUAUUAUUUUUUUACAUGCAUUGUUGCUUAAUAAAGCCCAGCACUUUCACAGUACUUUGCUGUACAUAAUGAACCAAUAUUAAGCUGCAUAAAAAAUCUUUAUAUAGAUAUGUAUCAAAAAAACAGUUGUUUUUCAUUUGACAAAGGUAACCUUUUUAAAUAAAUGUGUUUUGGAUUGCUGUUUGGUAACUACUGGUUCUGAUGAUAAAGGAUGUUUCUGUAGUGAUGAAGAUAGAGUGGAUAAAGCUCUAAAAAUAUCAGAUUGUUACAUACGAAGGUUUGAUUACAGUUGGAUUUUCCAACUUUAUGUAGCCUGUGGUGGUACAGAGAGACGGGGUUUGUCCCUGCAUUUAACUGUAAGUCUGCAAUUUUGGAGAGAGGUUGUAGACAUUUGAACAGGGGUUGUUACGGUUAACUGUUAAUUGGUUAAUGGUCAGGCAGUUAGGCAUACUCUCAGUUUACUGUUUUGAGCACCACCAAGGUCAGGUGGGUGCUAACUGUAGCUAGCGGCAUCACUUGUUUGGUUUAUACUGCUCAUGAUGUUGUUUCAACCCAAAGACUGCAUAUAAAGAUGGAUAUGACAGUUGACAUUUACAUCCAUAGUUUCAAUCUGGAUUGCCCCCGAGGUCUGCCUGCAGUAUAGGUUAUAAAGCGCGCCCCUCUUUGUUAGUGAAUGGGACAUAGGCCAAAAUAAAAAGUCAAAGUACACGCUAAAUAAAUUUUUCCCAAAGAUAGUUUCUGUCACUGAAGGUAGUUGUGUUAGUUAAGUGUUAAUCGGUUUUCGGUUUUAAUUAGUUAUUAGUUCGGUUCGGUUUUAAUUAGUUAUUA